AUGAGCGGCCUCAAACGCUCUCUGGACGAGGCUCAUGACGGCGAGCUGCCUGAGCCCUCGGACUCGGCUGCCUCGCAGAAGCCCGCCAGCCCGCCAGCACCGCCCGCGCCCGCGCCCGCGCCCGCGCCCAGCAACAGCGGCAGCAGCAACAGCAACAGCAACAGCACGACGGCGGCCACCUCUUCGUCCUCGGCCGCCUCGUCGUUCCGCAACGUGAGCGCCUGCAACCGCUGCCGGCUGCGCAAGAACCGCUGCGACCAGCGCCUGCCGUCGUGCGCGUCGUGCGACAAGGCGGGCGUCAAGUGCGUCGGCUACGACCCCAUCACCAAGCGCGAGAUCCCGCGCAGCUACGUGUGGUACCUCGAGACCCGCGUCGCCUACCUCGAGUCGCUGCUGCUCGACCACGGCCUGCCCUUCCACCCCGCCGAAGACUUCAACCCGGCCUUCCCUCCCAGCGGCACCGCGCCCGCCCACCAGCCCGCCCACCAGCCCGCCCACGCCCACGCCCACGCCCACGCCCACGCCCUCGCCCACGCCCACACGCCGCCCCAGCCCAGCAAUGGCGCCGCCCAUCCGUCUUCUGCCGCCGCCUCGCCCGCCGCCCCCGCCACCCCCGCCGCCCCCGUCCACGCCCACGACGCCGACCGCUACGACCGCGAGAAGCUGACCAAGCUCGUCUCCAACAUCGGCAUGGUCUCGGUCCAGGGCGCCAGCGACCCGCGCUACCUGGGCUCCACCUCGGGCAUCUCCUUUGCCCGCGUCGUCUUCGCCGCCGUCAAGAGCUCCGUCUCCGGCUCGUCCUCGGAGCGUGGCAGCAACCGCGGCGGCAACGCCAAGACGACGGCCAGCGCGAACCUCGUCGACGGCGGCACCUCGAUGCGCGACUCCUUCUUCGGCCUGCACACCAAGCCCACCUUCCGCCAGGCCCCCUUCCCCGACCGCGAGCUGGGCGCCCGCCUGGUCGAGCUGUACUUUGAGCACGCCAACCCGCAGAUCCCCAUCCUGCACCGCGGCGAGUUCAUGCACAUGUUCGACCGCGUCUACGCCAACGGAGAACGCCACCGCACCUCGCGGGAGUCGUACAUGCUCAACAUUGUCUUUGCCAUUGGCGCCGGCAUCAUCCUGGGCAGCUCCGACGCCGACGACGCCCCCGCAGACGACCCCUCCCACUCCCCCACCAAGUCCAGAGCCUCGCCCCCGCCCAGCAAGCGCCGCAGGCUGGCCGGCCACCAGCACCAGCCCGAAGAGUACCACGCCUCGGCCAUUGUCCACCUCGAGAACUUCCUGGGCUCCUCUCCCGCCGCCGACCGCCCGGACGGCUUUGGCGGCGGCCUCGAGGAGCUGCAGGCCGUCCUGCUGCUCGCUGGCUUUGCCCUGCUGAGGCCCGUCGCCCCUGGUCUGUGGUACAUUGUGGGCGUUGCUGUCCGCCUCGGCGUCGAUCUGGGCUUGCACUACGAGGACGGAGUGGGCAUCGAUGGCUCAGCCUCCGAGGACCACGCCGCCGACAGACCAGACCUCAAAACCGAGGCUCCCACAAACGACGAUGCUACCACCACCGCCGCCACCGCCACCGCCGCCGCCAGUAGUGCCAACAACGCCAGAAUCGAUGCAAAGGAAAGGGGCCGCAGACAGUGGGUCAGAGAUCUCCGCAGGCGCCUGUGGUGGUGUGUCUACUCGGUCGAUAGGCUCGUCAGUACCUGCGUCGGCAGGCCGUUCGGCAUCACAGAUCAAAUCGUCACGACAGAGUUCCCCUCUCUCCUCGACGACCGAUUCAUCACAAAAGAAGGCUUCCUCGACCCGCCUGCGCAUCUCGAGCGACCCACGUACAAACUUGUCGCUUACCACUACUUCCGCCUGAGGCUGCUGCAGUCCGAGAUCCUGCAGGUUCUGCAGCACCGCCAGGCCCAGCAAGCAAGGGCGAGCGGGGCAAAUCAACGCAACGACUUCAUGCACACCAAGCUGCCGUCACCCUUCCUCGCCAAGUUUGACUCUUUCCGCCACUGGCGCGCCGACAUUGAUAGGCGCUUGCAGGAAUGGAAGGACUCGGCUCCCACGCAAAUGGACGCAGGCGUGCAGUUCUCGCCUCUCUUCCUCGAGCUCAACUACUGGCAAGCCGUCAUCAUGUUGUACAGGCAGAGUCUAGUCGUGCCGUCUGGCCUACAGGGCGUGCUUGGCACCACGGGCUCUGAUGUCGGCAGUCCGUCCGUGGUGGGACCGGACGAGCGCGAAGACGAAGACCUUGUGUUCCUCAAGGUAGCCGAGGCGGGUCAGAAGGUCUUGAAGCUGUACCGACAGCUACACCGCGUACACCUUGUGAACUACACCUUCUUGGCGACACACCACCUUUUCAUGGCUGGCAUCUCUUUUCUGUACGCUGUCUGGCAUAGCGUUCAUGUUCGCAGUUUACUCUCUCUCGACGACGUCGACUUUACCGUCUUGGCUGCGACGUCCGUCUUGGGUGACCUCAUCGACAAGUGUCCGCCUGCCGAGGCAUGUCGUGAUGCCUUUGACCGAAUGAGCAAAGCCACGAUCCAGAUGUGCAUGUCAACGACUGGAUUUGGCCCACAAGCUCUCCGAACGCUACCUCAGUCACAGCAGCACUACCCGCCCACAACACACUCGCCGACUGCAAACUACGCGUCUGCAUCAGACACCGACGGCCGGUCCGACGCAGACAUGCAAGGAUAUCCUCGAAGCACGAGCUACUUCUCACAACACGCGCACCAACCGUCUCGCAAACCCGUGCCCAGGUUCGACAUGAACCUGAAAGACCUCUUCUCCGACGAGGAAACGGACAAGCGGUCCUUUAGCCGUGUUUCCAACCAGGUCAACACGAUGCGCCCCCCGCCCGCGCCCAUCAAACCAGAGAACCCCAUGGCAUUCACAGCCAAUCUCAAAAUCUCGCCAUCGCUGCGCACCCAAGGUUUUGGGUUUGCACAGGGUCAGACCAUCCCCUCGCCCCAACAGCAGCAGCAGCAGCAGCCCUAUGCCUCAACCACCCCCACCCUCUCCCCGCCCAUCUCUCAAUCCCCCCCACAACCUCUCCCCUCCCCCUACCAAAUCUCUGCCACCCUGCCCUACAACGCCUACACGCACACCAUGUCCUCGCAGUACCCCGAUCUGGGCUUUCACAACGACCUCGACUUCCUCGACAGCUUCCCCGCGGGCGGCUCGGCGUCCAGCAUGGCCGACGGCGCCGCCACGCAGGACGUGGGGAUCGGGUUCGGCAUGGGCUUUGGCGACGGCACGCACGACUGGAGCGAUGGCAAUGGGCUGGAUCUGUUCGACGGCUUCUUUUUCGGGCCUGGCGGGACGGGCAUGUAG